CAUGACCACGUCCUUAGAAAUAUUUGGCAUCAAAAUGGCUGAUUUGUGGGAAGACAGAGAUGUCCGAUUUGACGUUAACCCUUCGCAAAUGAAAAUGAGGGCAGGGGAAAAGUUGAUAGAUUCAUUAAAUGCAGUAGAAGAUACAAAAGGAAACAAUGGUGACAGAGGACGUCUAAUUGUAACCAACUUGAGAAUAAUAUGGCAUUCAAUGGCACUUCCUAAGGUUAACUUGUCAAUUGGUUUUAACAAUGUAAUCAAUAUAUCAUCAAAGGCAGCACAGUCAAAAUUAAGAGGAACUACAGAAGCUUUAUAUGUAUUAACAAAGUGCAAUAAUACGAGAUUUGAGUUUAUAUUUACUAAUUUGAUACCUGGCUCACCAAGGCUGUUUACUACAGUUAUAGCAGUCCACAGAGCAUAUGAAACAUCUAAGUUAUACAGAGAUCUAAAAUUACGAGGGGCAUUAAUACAGAACAAACAGCUUAGACUGUUACCACAAGAACAAGUUUAUGACAAAGUUAACGGUGUAUGGAAUCUGUCUAGUGAUCAGGGUAACCUUGGAACAUUUUUUAUCACCAAUGUAAGACUGGUUUGGCAUGCCAACAUAAAUGAAUCUUUCAAUGUCAGUAUACCUUUUCUACAGAUGAAAACUGUGAAGAUCCGAGACUCGAAGUUUGGAUUGGCAUUAGUUGUUGAAAGUUCACAACAGCAUCUUGGAAUGAAGAGUGGUGGUUAUGUGUUAGGGUUUAGAAUAGAUCCAGUAGAAAAGCUACAAGGUACAGUGAAGGAGAUACAAAGUUUACACAGAGUCUACAGUUCCUGUCCAAUCUUUGGUGUGGAGUUUGAAACAGAGGAAAGGCUACAAGGUGAAGAUUUAACAAUAGAAAAUAUACAAGAUGAUGUUGAAAUAGAAACUGAGGGAUCCUCAGAUGCCUUUGCUGCAUAUUUUGCUGAUGGUAAUAAAGACAAAGACAGGGACCCUGUGUAUUCAGAAGAAUUAGGACUUGCAAUAGAGAAACUGCGAGAUGGAUUUACUUUACAGGGACUGUGGGAUGUUUUAGCAUGAUGUGUAAAAAAUCAUGUGAUGAAUAUACAUGUUUUUUUUCUGUAAUUUAUUGUUUAUACAAUUGGAUUACGUUCCUGGAAUAGAUUCAAUUACUUUAUGUGAAUGUACUUCUUAUCUUAAAUAGUGUUUAAAUGUUUUCACAACCUGCAUAAAUACUAAGAGAUUAGUAAUCUUAAAAUCUAAAUUUUAAAUUAAAUUAAAUAAAACAAAGAGUCAAUACCGGUUU